CUAUAAAAAAGGUGUUAUAUAAGCAGUACCAGUAUAAACAGGGGAAUCGGCCAAGGGAAGGAAAAUGACGAAGAUGGGGAAAUGGUUGACAAUAGGGGCGUUGGUGGGUGCAAUAGCUAUAGCCAAGCAAUAUGGAGGGGCAUUUGGAUUGGGAUUCGACAAAGACGCCGCUCUCCGCUUGUUCCAGCAAUGGUCGGAUCGAUUGGGGAUUUGGGCCAUCCCUCUUUACGUUGCCCUCCACACCCUCACUCUUUCCCUCUGCUUGCCUUACGCCGUCUUCUUCGAGGCUGGGGCUUCUUUGCUCUUCGGCUUCUUCCCUGCCGUCCUCUGCGUCUUCUCCGCUAAGCUUCUUGGGGCUUCACUCUCCUUCUGGAUUGGCAGACUGGCUUUCAGAAGUUCAAGUUCUUUAAUGGACUGGGUCCUGAGAAACAAAUACUUCCAUCUCAUUUCCCUCGGAGUCGAACGUGAUGGUUGGAGAUUUGUCCUUCUUGCACGUUUCUCUCCCAUCCCUUCCUAUGUCAUCAAUUAUGCUCUAGCUGCCACAAAAGUUGGAUUUGUAGUGGAUUUUCUGGUCCCUACUGUUAUUGGCUGUCUCCCAAUGAUCUUGCAGAACACUUCCAUCGGUAGCCUUGCUGGUGCUGCUGUUGCUUCAGCAUCUGGCACUGAGAAAUCAAUGGCUUGGUCUUAUAUUUUGCCUUUACUUGGGAUUGUAUCGAGCAUUCUUAUUUCGUUGAAGAUCAAAAAGUAUUCUACUGACAUUACCUUGGCCGAAUCUUCUUCCGGUGGUAACAUUAACAGCUGUAAUAAUGUUGACUCAUCUCAGGCCUCUAAUAGUAGAGAAGGGAGCAAUGACCUGAAGAAAAGCCAAUAAUAGAUAAUAUGUUUCCACCGUUUUUUAUUUUUCUGGUUUGGCAUCGAUUUCUUCCCUUCAAGUCUUUGGCAUCAUUAGUUCACAACCUUGGCUAGGUGAUUUCUAGUUAUAAUUGUAUGAUAUCUCCGUUAAGGUUCUGACUCGACCUACAUUUUAAUCUUUUUUUUCCUUGAAAGACUCUGUUGAACUAACAGGUUUUCAGAAACUUGAUAAAAGAUUCAGCAGUUUGGGAAAUGAAAAUGUGUGACGUUGAUGAUGAAAUAAUAAUGUUUAAAUCAUUUCAAGUUUCAAUAUAUCUAGACUCAGA